AUUCGCUGUACACAUUUAGCAAACAGACAGAGAAGCGGACACUGUCCAACGAGUAACGGUCAUUCCUCAUCUAAUGUUUGCUUUACGACAGUUUAUAUAGUCCGUAAAAGAAGCCAACUUCAAUACCGUUUGUGUAAGCAACCCCCAUGACUUCUCGCCAUGCCAACCAGACAGCAAGCUGCCAUCCAAAACAUCUCUCCGGUUCUCUUUCUGACUUUCGAUGGGGAGCCCAUGACUUUCUAUCUGCGGCCGGGACACACCAGACAGCAGCUCCAGCCAAUGAUAAAAGCUGGAGGAGGGGUGAUGUGCAGAACGCAGAGGCCUGGAGCCAUCCUGCUGAUCGAUCCUGAGGCCAGAAGUUCUGUUUCUGGAUCCAACGCUCACCUGUAUGUUUCCACUCAGUACAUCCUCGACUGCAUUGAGAAGGAGGAACAGCUGAAUGUGGAGGAUUACCGGUUAACUCCUGACGAUGUACCAAAGCCGUCCACAAAAAAGGACAGGACUAAAACACCAUCAGAAGGAAGGAUUCCCUACACCCCUGACGAUGAUACCGCCAUCUUGGAAUAUGUCAAGAGUCGGAAGGCGAGAGUGGGUGGGAUUCUCCUUUGGCGGGAGAUGGAGAGGAAGCGCGUGACCGGCCACAGCUGGCAGUCCAUGAAGGACAGAUACGAAAGACGACUAGCCAAGAAGCUGCUGGAGGCUGUGACAGCGGAAUCAACAGAAAACGUAACAGGAAGUGAGGCAGAAGAGGACCAGGCUGAGGAUGAAGACAAUCGCGUCUUUGACGGUGAGAUCCCUUCAGAAGCAGCUGUUGCUUCUCCACAGAAACACUCCAAGGAAUCACAUCCAGAAGAGGUUUGUGGAACCACGCCGACAAAUGCAGAGGAUGCGAGCUCGUCUAAAGAGGAGAAGAGUGAGAACCAGCAGACAGAUGGAGCGCCAGAGGAAACCGCAGAAUCAGAAACUAUGAAAGCUCCAAUGUCUGAUAGCUCUGUUACUGAGGAUUCCAGCGCUGAGCUGCAUGAAGACGUCCAGCCUGGUUCUGAUGAGGCAGCAGAUCCAGACAGGGAUGGACCUCAACCAAACAUCAGUCAAAGUCCGGCAGAAGAUUGUCCUCACGUUCUCGCCGAGUCUCCCGUCAAAGCGUCUACUCCUGGAAAACUGAAGGACAAGCGGAAGGCCUCACCUGCGACGGAUCAGCCUGUGCAGCGAAUGACACGCCGCAGGCUGGAGCUGGAGGCAGCGGCGUCCUCCGAGCCCUACGGGAGAAAACUGCGGUCGUCUUCCAGCAGCCCAGCGCCAUCUCCCCAGAAGUCAAAGAAAACAAAUCCAGUUAAAGCUGCUCGAGAAAAUAGCCCAGAAGCAGAGCAGCCGCCUCCUAAGAGAGCCAGAGGAAACAUCCCAGCUGCAGAGGAACAGAGAGAACCAGAACCCGAGCAGACAACACCAGCAGAUAAAUCUGAGUCACCGCUGAAGAAGAAGAAGAAAAAAACGAAGAGUCAGUUGGGGAUUCUGGAACUGGCAACAAAGGAGUUUGACGAUGGUUCAGAGUCUGGUGAAGAAGACGAAGAAGAUUCGAAUGUUCCAGACUCUGCUGAAACUGUAGCCACAUCAGCAGGACGCCUCCCCCCACCCACAGACGCCGCUGGAGGUCCCAGACCCUCGCAGGCCUCUGCAGUCAGCUCAAAGCAGAACGGUCCGGAGUCUCCAGCUUCCAGUGACAACUGUGUGCCGGACACGUGCUCCCUGGUUCCAGCACCCGCCAAGCCGCCUGUCCCUGAGCCCGCCGCCGUGACCUCGAAGGCUCACCUGUUCAUAUUUGACAGCGAAACGCAGGAGGACGACUCUCAGCGAGUCGCUGGUGACUCUUCAGCUGCUCCAUCCAACCUCCAACACUCAGGGGGCAAAGAUGCCUCUCUGUCUUUCACUCAAGGCCAGUUAGAGGAGGACAAACGGUGCAUCAAAGAGCUGAUGGUCCAGACACAACAGGACUUGGUCAGCGUCACCAAAGCUUUGCUAAAGACCAGCGGAGACUUCUCUGCGGCUCUAGACCUGCUGCUGAACCCCUCCUCUCUUUCUGCCUCCAUUUGGAGUCUCCAUGACGACAGCCUCUUGCUCUCAGCUGAUCCUCUCGUCCGGCAGCAGCUGCAGGAGAAAUACGGGGAGGAGAGCGUGGCCAAGAGGAUGAUGUUUCUGGAAGUGGAGGGCAGGAUAAGACUCCACGUCAUAAAGCUGGAAUCAUCUCAGACUGGUUUCUUCAACACGAUAAUGAGCUCACUGGACUCUAAAGACCUCCACAGUCACCAGAACUCAAUCUUUGGGGUGUGGUGGAACGGGAGAUCGGCAUCAUGGAUGUUCAGCCGACAAAUCUGCAGCAACUGUGAUACAAUCACGUCAAUAUGGACCAAAGUCUCUGAGGAAUGUCUCCAGAACCUUGUUGAAUCUGUGCCACCAAGGAUUAAGGCGGCUCUAAGGGAAAAAAAAGGAGUCCAACCAACAACAUGUACCCAAUAAAGUGGCCGGUGAGUGUAUUUUUUGAUUUCUAGGAAUUUGAUUUAACUUGAUUUUUUGUGAAGCUAAAACACUUUCACAAUUAUAGAUGUAUAAAUAUUAGGGCUGGGAAUCGAUUAAAAAUGUUGUAACUAAUUAAUCGCAAACCUGGAAAAAAUUAAUCGCAAUUAAUCGCAAUUCCACAUUUUUCUUUUUUCUCAUAUUUUUUUCCUUUUUUUGCUUGUGAAGAAUUAAUAAAAUAAAUUUUUUGGUGGAAGUUUGAUCCUGCUGGAUUUCAGGUCGGCUCCCCUGGAAUCUGCGCACAGGUGGGGACGUGUGUUUCCACCUAGAACUGCUCGCCUCAAGAAACAGCGGCAUGCAGGACUUCUGCAGAGUUUCCGCAAAUUUUAGACAACGCCAGUGCUCGUUACUGUAGAAAAAUUCAUGUCGGUCCCCAUCCCAAAAUAAAAUAUGAUUGGUCUCCUCAUUGUUAGAUUUCUACUUGCAGACAGCUCCGUUUGGCUCCGCCCACCACAAUGGGCUGUGCUGCAGCUGUUCCGCCAUAUUUAUUAAAAUAAAAGAUUACUUUUGUCCAAAAACUUCAAAUAAAUGCUGUAUUAUCUCUUUAAUUUAAUAAAAUAUCAAGUCUAUUUUAAACUGAUCGCACAGCUGAGGGCGUUAAUAAAUAUUUUUCCUUUCAAUUUUGUUUAAUUAAUCGCGUUUGUUAAUGUGUUGACUUUCAUAGCCCCAAUAAAUAAGCUUUCUUUGCAUUUUUUUGUAAAUUUCUUACAUUUUGUGGUAAAUUAUACAACUUUUAAAUACUCAAACAAGUUUUUCUUGUAUAUUUUCUUUUUUUUCUAAACUAAAAAAGCAAUUUUACUUAAUAAAAUAAUGAAUCAGUCAGAGAGCAGAAUGAGAUGGAGUAGAAAACGCUGGAGGUCGAUACGUCUGGCGACAUGCAUGACAAAUGCUUGCUUGCAUGCAGACUGGCCUAUGACAGCUAUGAUAAAUCACUUCUGAAAAUACAGAGACAAAAAAACAAAACUACAAUUCCUCCCAGUGGACUCUAUAGGUGUGUCUGAAAUGUCUUUUUCAUGACAGCAUUCUUACUCAGCCCUGGUUUAAAAAAACAAAGAUAAUUCAUAGGACGUUUCAGUAAUCUUUGCUUUUGAGGAGGGGCAUGCUGGGAAAACAUACAUGUGGCACAGAUACUGAGCAAGGCACGCUUUAUCUGACCAGAACUAAAGCAGGUCAUUGAUCGAAUGUCAGGUUGCUCUGUAAUCUAUAGGCCGUCUGAUUCCACGGGGAGACGAGGCUCGCUAAUGUGGAAGACGUGUGAAAGGGAUCAGACUGUCCGGCAGCUCCUGACCUACUGUCUGUCUGCACUGAGGAGAAGACGACAGCCAAACGUUCAGCCUCAAGUCAUUGGUCUGCUAGAAGCAAAACAACACAGAGCAGAAGAAAAAAAGCAAUAAAACAAAAAA